GGACUCCAGGCACCCGCUCCCCCAGCUGCUGACGUCAGCUGGCAGCCUGGGCUGUGCUCGCCGCUCCGGACAUAGCGCCGAGGAAAAAUGCUGCUCUCCGUACCGCCAAGGGCAGGGAUCAACCCAUACAACGGCUACAACAGCAGAAACAGCAAAAAGACCUAUGUGUCCUCCGGCCACCAGAUGGCGCCCCCAAGUCCCAACAACAAUAGUAGCAGCAACAGCAGUGGGGGAGGGGAACAGUUGAGUAAAACUAACCUGUACAUCCGCGGCCUCCAUCCUGGAACCACAGACCAAGACCUGGUCAAGCUCUGCCAACCGUAUGGCAAGAUUGUGUCCACGAAGGCCAUCUUGGAUAAAACCACCAACAAAUGUAAAGGAUAUGGCUUUGUGGACUUUGACAGUCCAGCAGCAGCACAGAAAGCUGUCACAGCCCUGAAGUCCAGUGGGGUCCAGGCUCAGAUGGCCAAACAACAGGAGCAGGACCCCACCAACCUCUACAUCUCCAACCUGCCAGUGUCUAUGGAUGAACAAGAGCUGGAGAGCAUGCUCAAGUCCUUCGGACAGGUCAUUUCCACACGCAUCCUCCGAGAUGCUAACGGGACCAGCCGCGGCGUGGGCUUUGCCAGAAUGGAGUCCACAGAGAAGUGCGAGGCCAUAAUUCAGCAUUUUAACGGCAAAUUCAUCAAGACUCCACCGGGAGUGCCUGUGCCCCCAGAGCCCUUAUUAUGUAAGUUUGCAGAUGGAGGCCAGAAGAAGAGGCAGAACCAGGGGAAAUACCUCCACAAUGGAAGGCCCUGGGCUAGAGACGGCGAUACGGGAGGAAUGACGCUAGCGUAUGACCCCACGGCCUUACAAAAUGGCUUCUACCCCUCACCCUACAGUCUGGCUCCCAACCGAAUGAUCGCCCAGACUUCUCUCUCACCCUACAUGCAUUCUCCCGUCUCAUCCUACCAGGUACACAGCCCGUCCUGGAUGCACCAUCAGUCAUACCUCAUGCAGCCAGCUGGUGCAGUUCUUACCCCGACAAUGGAGCACGCCAUGUCCAUUCAGCCCACGUCCAUGAUGGGACCUCUCGCCCAGCAGCUAAGUCACCUGUCCCUGGGCAGCACGGGCACAUAUAUUCCGGCCAACACAACUAUGCAGGGGACCUACAUCCCCCAGUACACCCCAGUGCCUCCCUCCAGUGUCCCAGUAGAGGAGAAUGGUGGUCAACAGCAACAGGUUGCUAUGGAGACUGCGGAACACACAAACUACUCGUACCAACACACUAAGUGAAGCUAAGCUCCCAGCAGGGUGGGGCAGAGGGCACGAGUGGAAUCCAACCAAACAGGAUUCAGCUAAACUGUGCUCCAUACGUCACCAAGCACCCAGACUUGAACAUGGAUAACAAAAGGAACGUGUGCGUGUGUGUGUGUGUGUGUGUGUGUGUGUGUCUGUCUGUCUUUUUUCUUUUCUCUUUAAGAAAAACACUUAUGUCAUUGGACUCUCCCGCUCACAUCCUCAAGAGUGGAUCAACCAAAGAUAGGAGUCUUCUUCACAGAAGCUUUGAUCUAUUUUGAUAUUUGAAAAAAGGAACAUAACAGAAAGUUUAAAAUAAGUCUAAAAAUAAAAACUUAAGAGAGGAGGAAAGACACAGAGCAUUAUUUUUGGUGCACGUUAUCUAUCAAAUUCUUAUUUUUAACAGAGAAAAAGCAUUCUGAACAUUUCAGGAUGAUUCAAAGAAGAGUUGAAACACAAUGUGUCUUUUAUUUUUUUGUAAAAUAUGCAAAUGUUUAUUUUUAUUUCCUGAUGUCUGUUGUCAACGUUCUAUUUGCAGCAGCGGAGGAAUCAAUUUGUACAGAUUCAAGAAUCUAAAAAAACUCUUGCUGAUCUGAUGUCCGCGACAAACCGUUUAAAGCUACUUCUUAAGUCUAACUUCUUCCAUAAGUGAACAAAAGACAAUCAAUUAUUUGUACUUACUAACGUGUACUUAAUUAUAAUAUUUCUUUCAAUUGAUAAUUUUUAGAUCAUUGAAACAAACAUUAAUACAAAAAACGUUAUUACUGUAGUCUAUAAAGACAGUCAAAAGCAGCUUUGAUGACUUUCAAUUCACUUCCUGUCCUGUAUGCAAACAUUGAGAGACACCUGUUCAUACUUAAAGUCGUCCUGUUUUGUUAGAAUGUAACUCCAUGUUACUUCUGUGUCCUAAGAAGUGGUUUUAAGCGGUUUUGCUUUGGCAAUCCUUCAGGAAUCAUUAAAUGUGUCCUGUGUUGAAGGGAUGAAAUGAACUCUUCUCAGAUCUGAGCAGUUAGAUGAACGAUUAUGCGUACAAAGAGCAAUGCAGUUACUAAAUUAAGAAAAGGCUUAGAAAAAGCCACGAGGGGAAAUGAAGACCAACACGAUCCCUGAGAAUAACUAGUUUGGAGAGAGCUGUCGUUCUUUUUUCAAUGCUGCUGUUGUCACCUGAGUUUUUCUCUGUCAGAGAUUUUUAGUUUGUAGAAAGUUUAACGUUUCUUUUUUCCAUUUGUCUGUCACUUGAAUUCUGUUUGCGCUAAUUUGCCUUGUUUUUGAUGAAUUUAUCUUUUGAAGUAGAUUAGAUUUUAGCUGUAGACUUUAGCUUUUUACAGAGAGUAGACGUUAGUUGUUGUUUUUUCUCUGCGUAGGGAUUGAUGCUGUUUUCUUGUGCACUUCACUUUUUCUCUCAUUUUGUUUUCACUCAAAUUUCCGUUCCAAACCUUGUGUCGUGUGUCCUUGCGUUGUGUCGGGCCUGUAGAAUGCCUUCAGAGCACAGGGUCGAACCAAACAAAGACUUCACAUAGUGCUGAUCCAAAAGAUUCAUACUGAUGCUGCAUCAGCGCCGAUGCUCAAAGAGGCUCCGUGCACACAAGCCCCGGAUAUGUUUGACUUUAUCAAGUGUAGCUCAUGUCACAGUGCAUCCAAAUAUGUUGAACUUAGAAAAACUGUAGAUAUGUAGAUAAUAGAAAUUAAUGGUUUUACAAAGGACUGCUCACUAGCCCAUGGAAGUGCCAUUAAAGACUAUUCUUACAGCCUUUGGUGAAACAGCCUGAAGGAAUUUAGGAGUGAUCCAGAAUUCUGCAAAAACAAGUUUUAGCUAAGCCUUAAUUUUCUUCUCUUGAUGAACUGCCUGAACUCUCAUAGGAGUGACACUAAGUUGUAAAUACUACACGGAAACAAGCUUGUUUGAAUGCCAUUGAGUUAGUCGUCACAUCAGUCGAGUUAGCUGUGGGGUUACGCGGAGCUUUUCUUCCCGCUCUUCAACCAUCCACAUUUGAGUCCAGCAAUAAACACAUUGUGUAGACGUCUUUCUUAAGGCUCGCAGUUGAUUGUUCUGUUUCCAACUUUUUCGCUGUGUUGUUUAUUUCCACAACCAAAGACGUUGAAGCCAACCAUCUUUAAGCUCUUGGCUUAAGCUGCUCUCAUUUGUGGACGAUCAUGUGUUGCGUGUAGCUGGAUGAAAAGCCCUUUUUUCUGCUCCUGACAGUAAACAGGGCUAACAUCACAAUAAGGGGGGGGGGGGGGGGGUGACGUGCACACAAUAUUCCAUUAAGACCAAAGUCUAAGGUUUUGUGAGGACUUUGCGACUACUCUAUCCCUCAUAUAGUAAAGUACAUGUAAAUGAUCUGGUUUUGUUGACAUGAGUUGAUUAAGCUGAGUUUUGGUGCGCAUGUAAACUAAUUAUGGACCUUAUUGGCCGACACACAGGAGAUCUCCAGAGCUUUUACGACGGUGACAGUUUUCAGACACGAGAGCUCAUUUUGUAAAUAGUCUUUUUCUUCCACUUUCUUGUUUGUUUCUUUGUGUGUGUUUUUUUUUUUUUUUAAUGAUUCAUAGCCUGUCUAGAUAACACAGUGACCUGCAAGGUCUUCACAUUCAGUGCCCCAUGAAGGAAAUGUCAUGGAUGUUGUUUAUAUGUUCAGAGAAAUGAUAUUCCAUGUAUUAGCCAUCACUUUAAUACAAAAUACCGGAUUUUGAAACUAUGAAAUGACCACUUGUUACAAUUACAUGUUUAUUUAUUUUAAUUUUUAAUUGUUUUAUAAAAUUGUUAGAGGUAAUAUUAGAGAGAAGUCAUGGUGCUCCAAAAUAAAUAAGAAUCAUGAAAAUGAUCGAACUGUACGUUACAGUUAAACUGUAGAAAUACUGAGGUCAACGGUGUGCUCUACACACAAUAUUUGAAAAUCAAAAAAUCUUGUUGCACUUAUUUUUAGUCUACACCGAUUUGAAAUGCUCUUUUUGUCCAUAUAAUUUAGAUUUGAUGUCUUAUUUCAUAGCUUCAAAAUGUUUUGCUGCUAAAACAGGAUUUCCAAACAGGUGGUUUGAUGUUGCCCAAUCAGAAUUCUCCAAAUGUCCAAUAAUCCAAUAAUUUGGUUGAUACACAGUAUCCCCAUUGUUGUUUUUCAGAAUAACCUCAUGGUUUUGAUUCUAUUUUACUUUUUAAGUUGUAUUUGACUUAAAUAAAUGUUGUCUUAUGGUGACAAUUAUUUCAAUACAAAUACAAUUCAGAAUAAAAUAAAAAGUUUGUGUGAAACUCCGACAUCUUGAGAAUUUGACGAGCUCAUCUCACUCCCUGCUUGUAAACAGUUUUCUUAUUUAUACAAAAAUUCAUUUUGUACAGUUUUUUUUAAGAGAAGAUAGGUUUUGAUAUUUGGUUAUUUUGCAAAGCCACUUGGCUCCUUUUGUCUUCCUGUGCCAGAGUUGCUAAGUUUUCUGUAACUUUUUUUUAUUUUUAUUGAUUGCGAUAAGAUUUUCUUUCUGCAUUGGUUUUCUCUUUGAAUUUGUCAAUUUCCCUUUUUUUAAAUAAAAACUUGUUUCUGUGA